CCGGGGCAAGGCGGGACUUGUGACACUCCCUCGGCCCGUCCUACUGGCCAAGGCGCGAGAAAGUCUGCGUUACCGGCAGUAUCGGACGGGGACUCCCGCAGGCUGCAGUGGCCCCCCCCCGCCAAAAAAAGGACCGGGGCCUUGUGAAGCGCAGAAAAAAAGCCUGCACUGGAAUCCAGGCUCCACCAGCCGUGCCGAAGAGAAGUGUGGACGGAAUGAGCCUUUGGCGGGAGCCCAGCCGGGCACAUAGACGCGAGUCAAGAGGGAUGGACCGCCACAGCACGGCUCUGCACCUCGUGGCAGGCGGAUUAGGUGGAACAGCAGGAGCCAUUCUGACUUGCCCAUUGGAAGUAGUGAAGACCCGCCUGCAGUCCUCCACCUUGGCUCCAAGACCUGUUUGCUUAACUGCAGUACAGUUGCAAGGAGUGAAUGGAACAUUUGUCCGCCCAGGGCUCCCCAGGAUCGGCUUUAUUGAGCUACUAAGAGUCAUUCUAGAGAAGGAAGGUGUUCGCUCCCUGUUUCGAGGUCUGGGACCUAAUCUUAUUGGAGUUGCUCCUUCCAGGGCCAUUUAUUUUGCUGCAUAUUCGGGAGCUAAGGAGAGACUCAACACAGUGCUUAUGCCAGAGUCCAAGAAAGUUCACAUGAUUUCAGCAGCCUGUGCAGGCAUCACAUCCGCCACUUUGACCAAUCCUAUCUGGUUAGUGAAGACUAGGAUGCAAUUGGAGCGCAGUGGCAGAAACGAGAGGUGCACCAGUGCCCUUCAAUGUGCCAUGCGAGUUUACUACAGAGAAGGUCUGCGUGGCUUUUACCGCGGGGUUACUGCCUCCUAUGCUGGUGUCACCGAAACAGUGAUCCACUUUGUGCUUUACGAGGCUUUGAAGCAGCGACUCAGGGAACAUCAGCUGCUCUUGACUCCAUCAGUUGUCUUAUCACCCAGUGGCCAAGACUUCUGUGGGCUGAUGGCAGCAGCGGCUGUCUCCAAAACAUGUGCUUCGUGCAUUGCCUAUCCACAUGAGGUUGUUCGAACCCGGCUACGUGAGGAGGGAUGUCGUUAUCGCUCCUUUGUGCAAACUCUCCAGCUUGUGGCCAGAGAAGAAGGCCCCUCAGCUCUUUAUCGUGGACUUUCAGCUCAUCUUCUUCGUCAGAUCCCCAAUGCUGCAAUCAUUAUGGUUACCUAUGAGCUGAUUAUUCACUUGGCAACCAAAAUGUGAUGCCUUUCUAUUCUUGCCAGGUGGCUUAAGCUGUUAAAGGCUUUGAAGGGUAUGAUAGUUGAAGGGGUAGACUUUCCCAUUACAACACAUAAACCCUGUAAGAAAAGCCUAAAAAGUUAGGAUCCUUCUGUAAUGAGUGGUUCUGAAGGCUUGAUCGGUGAAAGAUAUGUUUGGCUGCUCUUGACCUUUAUCAGACAUUUAAAGGCAUGGACAAAAGAGCACAUACAGAUCACAAACCGGGACAGGUGUGGAAUUUACUAUGCAGAAAUUGAUCGAAGAAAACAUCUCUGGUGAAUGUUUCCAAGGUCUCACAGGCUAGGUGAUCAAUAGGCCCAUCAUGCAGUUUAGUGCACUGAAAGUGUUAUGCUGUACUCCUCAUAGGGCUGGAACUAAUCUCGUCAACUGAGUGGGGAAAUAGUUUUUAAGAAAAGGAGUAGAAAGAAGACUGGACAUUUUAUUGGAAGGAGAUUAGUAAUUUGGGUCUCAAAAUUGAACUCUCCAUCAGUAUCGGCCAGUGACAAGACCUUUACAGAUACAGCAAUGUUUCUGUUUUGAGCCUACCAGAAUAGCAAGUUGCUUAUCCUCUAGGCAGGAGUCGCCAACCCCUGGGCUGCAGCCCACUACCAGGCCGUGGCCCAUCCAGAACCGGGCCGUGCAAGCAGCAGGUGAGUGUGCGCACACGAAAUGCCGUUUUGCAUGAGUGGUGGACUCUCCCUCAUGCACAAAGUAACAUUUGCUCCAGCGGCAUGUGCGUGUGCCUGCCACUCAUGCAUAUGGUGUUUCAUGCACUCUCACCCGCUUACAGCUCAGAACCAUCCCCUCCCCCACUACCAGUCUGCCAAGGUGGAAAGGUUGAGGACCGCUGCUCUAAAAGUUGGUGGGGUACCUGUGCCCUCCCGCUUCAUGUUUUUCUCCUUGUUCAUAGGAAACAUAGUGACAAUAAGGACUGUAAAAUAAGUUCCUUUGAGAUAUUGCUGUUCAUGGAUUAUCCUUGUGUUUAUAUUCUCAGGUUUUGUUUACAUUUCUUGAUUUGUAGAUUUUAACCUCCCUAACAGGAGGGUAAAAAAAAAGAAAUCAAGUGGGGAAGAAAUAUGUUGGCAGCUAUUCAGAAUUCUCCAUGUGGGAGAGAGUUGUACAAUGUCAGUGAAGAGAAUAUUCUGAAAUCGGACUCUAGCACACCCUCCAGUUGAAAGCUUGUGCUUUGAUUUCUGUCUGUAUGAGGUUUUUAAAAAUGCAAAAAAAAAGUUAUGAAUAAAACUGCAGUUUUGAGA